GUAAAUUGUGUAAUCUAUGUAAUUGAAACGAACAUCAGGAUUUUCGUUAUCGCGUUAGAAUCUUUUUCGCAAUCAGAAGAAAAUUAGAGGGGAGGAUAAAAGAGAGAGGAUAUAUGAAAGUGAUUGAAGGCUAAAAACGGCAAGGAAAUCUACUGUGAAUUUUGAUAGAGAACUGUUGUUCUUCUACCUUGGAAAUACAAAAUGCAUAUUAAAUUUCUUCUAUUAACGAAUGCAGUUCUUAUGGUUGCAAUUGACAUUCCAUGGGCCAGCAAUCACCGAUUUUAUAAAGGUGAUCAACUAUCAUCGAGUAGCAAACACAAAACGAAGUCAAUAAUAAAAAAAGAUAACGAAGAAUUACAACCGCAGAAAAUUAAAGAAACUAAAAACGUAAUGAAUAAAUAUAUAAAAGUAAGAAAGGAAGAAAAUAUAGAUCCUUGGAAAUUAUCAGAAGAUACAGAUCGAAUACAAUUUCAAAUAGAAGGUCAUGAAGGACCAAAAACGUACCUUUUUGGAUUUGAUACUGGAAAUGGAAAGAAUAGACAAUACAGAUUAGAAGAAAGGCAUCGCGAUGGUACGAUAAAAGGACAAUAUGGUUAUUAUGAUGCGCAAGGAAAAUUAAGAAAAAUUCAGUACGUAGCUAAGCCUUUUGAAGGUUAUACUGAAAUACAUCACGAAAGUAAUGCAAGAAAGAUAAAAAAUUAAUUAAAAAUCAUACUUCUUUAUUUAAAUAUAUUAAAUUUCAAUAUUUCAAAAUUCGUACAUUACUAAGCAUCAAAGUAAAUGAAAUAUUAAAUAAUCUAAAUUACCA